UCGCGUGACAACAUGGCGGUGCCGGGAGCGGAAGCCCGACUGAGAAUCUGCCUCGUUCCUGAGUCGCGUCUGCUCAGAGGGAUUUUCCUCCCCAAGCCCUCCCAGACCGGGCUGGGCGGCUUACGGUUUGAUGAGAGAAAAAAUACUUGCUGAUUGAUCCGAAUCGCCGCGAUAGGCAAGGCCGCCUUGCGAUUGAGCUAGCUGUCGCGACAGUACCCCACUGCUUUCUUUCCCCCGUUUUCGCGGGGACUGCUGGGAGUGCUGCGGGGGCGAGUCUCUGCCCUGUGGCGGAGGGGCUCAGGUGGGCGAGCACUUCGCGCCUGUCAGUCCGGCCCCAGACGUCUUUGUCUCGGCAGGUGCGGCGCCAUGCGCCCCUUGCUCGCGAAGCAUCGGGAGCCGUAUUGGGUCGAUGUCCCCGAGACAUCGCCCUGCCACCCGCGGAGCCUCGUCGUCUUCGUCUGCUGGGUGCUCUUCGUCUUCAUCCUGGAGUUUGGCUUGACCGAAGCCGCCGCCAGGGAAAAGCAGUCAGUAAGCACCUCGGCGUCCAUGCCCUGUUGGCUGGUGGAGGACUUCGUGGUGGCCGAGGAGUGUGCCCCUUGUACCACCUUCCAGGCUAAAACUACUCCUGAGUGUGGGACCACUGGCUUCGUGGAGAAAAUCAGUUGUUCUGAGUCCAAGAAAGAUGAGUUCAAGAGCUGCCGCUCAGCAAUGAUGGAGCGACACCUGUUUUGGAAGUUUGAGGGGGCUGUGGUGGGAGUGGCUGCGGUCUUUGCCUGCCUUGUGAUCCUUCGUCAGAGAUCACUGGACCGAAAGGCCCUGGAAAAGGUCCGAAAACAGAUUGAGUCCAUAUAAGCCCUGGCCCCGCUAUCCUGACAUUGAAGCUUUUUGCCCCAAAGGGGCCUGGUGGAGAAGGGUAACAGCUGGCCUGACAGGGGAGAAGGUUGUAAGGGGUAAGCCUGGCCCCUGGAACCCUAUUCCUUCAUCUUCUUCCCUUUGCCCUUCACCUUUUGUCUCCUCGAUAAUCAAAGAAUAAAAUAAAAACAAUCCCACAACUAUAA